UCCGGGGAAUAAUAACUGAAACUACCCUGCGAUGUCUGUAUCUGAAAAGGAAAGUGAGGACAAACAAAAUGGAGCACCCGAGAGAUAUCUGCAAGCCAACAACAGAGAAUUUAACAGUCUGUUUGGAUACCCGGAUAAUAGCGUCAAAACCUCAAAAUAUAAUGCCUUAAACUUCUUGCCUAUGAACCUGUUUGAACAGUUCCAGAGACUUGCAAAUGCGUAUUUCCUCUUUUUGCUUUUUCUACAGUUGAUUCCUCAGAUCUCCUCCUUGGCAUGGUACACGACUGUGGUACCCCUGAUGGUGGUGCUGUCCAUAACAGCAGUGAAAGAUGCCAUCGAUGAUAUGAAAAGGCACCAAAAUGAUAAUCAAGUCAACAAUCGUUCUGUUCUGGUGCUGAUGAAUGGCAGGAUAGUGACAGAAAAAUGGAUGAAUGUCCAAGUGGGAGAUAUAAUUAAACUAGAAAACAAUCAGAUUGUCACGGCUGACAUACUAUUACUCUCGAGCAGUGAGCCCUACAGUUUGACAUAUAUAGAAACUGCAGAACUGGAUGGUGAAACCAACUUGAAAGUGAAGCAGGCCAUCUCAGUUACCAGUGAGAUGGAAGAUAACCUGAAGCUUCUGUCUGCUUUUGAUGGAGAGGUGAGGUGUGAGUCUCCCAAUAACAAGUUGGACAAAUUCACAGGAAUACUCAUGUAUAAGGGAAAAAACUACAUCCUGAAUCAUGACAGACUGAUUCUCCGAGGCUGUGUCAUCAGGAAUACAGACUGGUGCUAUGGCUUGGUGAUUUUCACUGGACCAGACACCAAAGUAAUGCAGAACAGUGGGAAGUCCACCUUUAAACGGACACACAUAGACCACCUCAUGAAUGUCCUUGUGCUCUGGAUUUUCCUGUUUUUAGGCUGCAUGUGUUUUCUCCUAGCAGUUGGUCAUUACAUUUGGGAAAACAACAAAGGUUACUACUUCCAGGAUUAUCUGCCGUGGGAAGACUAUGUCUCUUCAUCAGUUUUCUCUGCCACCCUUAUCUUCUGGUCCUACUUCAUUAUCCUCAACACCAUGGUGCCUAUUUCCCUCUACGUCAGUGUUGAGAUAAUAAGAUUGGGCAACAGUUUCUAUAUCAACUGGGAUCAGAAGAUGUUUUAUGAACCGAAGAACAUGCCAGCACAGGCUCGUACCACCACCCUUAAUGAGGAGCUCGGCCAGGUCAAAUACGUGUUCUCUGACAAAACAGGGACCCUGACUCAAAACAUUAUGAUUUUCAACAAGUGUUCAAUUAACGGGAUAUUAUAUGGUGAUGUCUGUGACAAAAGCGGACCUAGGACGGAAGUCUCGAAGAAAAGAGAAAAGGUUGACUUCUCCUACAACAAACUGGCUGAUCCUAAGUUUUCAUUUUAUGACAAGACUUUGGUUGAAGUGGUGAAAAAGGGAGAUCACUGGGUACAUUUGUUUUUCCUGUCACUCUCAUUGUGUCAUACCGUGAUAUCAGAAGAGAAAGUAGAAGGUGAGCUGGUUUACCAGGCUCAGUCCCCAGAUGAAGGUGCCCUGGUCACUGCUGCCAGGAACUUUGGCUUUGUAUUCCGUUCCCGCACGUCUGAGACAAUCAUGGUAGUCGAAAUGGGGAAAACGAGAAUCUAUCAACUGCUGGCUAUCUUGGAUUUCAGCAAUACGCGCAAGAGGAUGUCAGUUAUUGUGAGAACACCUGAAAAUCGCAUACUGUUAUUCUGCAAGGGUGCAGACACGAUCCUCUGUCAGCUCCUCCAUCCAUCCUGUAGAUCCCUCAAAGACAUAACCAUGGACCAUCUAGAUGAUUUUGCCAGUGAUGGCCUUCGCACCCUCAUGCUGGCCUACCGAGAACUGGACAGUGCAUUCUUCCAGGACUGGAGCAAGAAGCACAGUGAAGCCUGCUUGUCUUUGGAGAACCGGGAAAAUAAAAUAUCAAUUGUCUAUGAAGAGAUUGAAAGAGACCUUAUGCUGUUAGGGGCCACAGCCAUAGAAGACAAGCUGCAGGAUGGAGUACCUGAGACGAUCCUCACUCUGAACAAAGCCAAAAUUAAAAUUUGGGUUUUAACUGGAGACAAGCAAGAGACUGCUGUGAACAUUGCCUAUGCCUGUAACAUAUUCGAGGAUGAGAUGGAUGAGAUAUUUAUCGUGGAAGGCAACAAUGGUGAGACUGUUGGAGGAGAACUCAGGUCAGCAAGGGAAAAGAUGAAACCUGGCUCUCUAUUGGAAUCAGACCCCGUAAACAGUUACCUCACCACAAAGCCCCAGCCACCCUUCAAAAUACCUGAGGAGGUGCCCAGUGGCAGCUAUGGCUUAAUCAUCAAUGGCUACAGUCUGGCCCACGCUCUAGAAGGAAACCUGGAGUUGGAACUGCUGCGGACGGCGUGCAUGUGCAAGGGGGUGAUCUGCUGCCGGAUGACGCCCCUCCAGAAGGCCCAGGUGGUAGAACUGGUGAAGAAGUACAAGAAGGUGGUGACGCUGGCCAUCGGGGAUGGGGCCAAUGACGUCAGCAUGAUCAAAGCUGCCCACAUUGGGGUCGGCAUCAGUGGCCAGGAGGGGAUGCAGGCCAUGCUCAGCAGCGACUACGCCUUCUCCCAGUUUCGCUAUCUUCAGCGUCUGCUCCUGGUUCAUGGCCGCUGGUCCUAUAAUCGCAUGUGCAAGUUUCUAAGCUACUUCUUUUACAAAAACUUUGCCUUCACGCUGGUGCACGUCUGGUAUGCCUUCUACAGUGGGUUCUCUGCACAGACGGUUUAUGAUACCUGGUUUAUCACUUUCUACAACCUGAUCUACACCUCCCUCCCUGUCCUGGGCUUGAGUCUGUUUGAUCAGGACGUGAAUGAAACAUGGAGCCUACGCUUCCCAGAGCUGUAUGAGCCAGGCCAGCAUAACCUGUAUUUCAACAAGAAGGAAUUUGUGAAGUGUUUGUUGCAUGGGAUCUACAGUUCCUUUGUGCUGUUCUUUAUCCCUAUGGGGACUGUUUACAAUUCAGUGCGCCAAGACGGGAAGGAGAUCUCCGACUACCAGUCCUUCUCCCUGAUAGUGCAGACCUCCUUGCUCUGUGUGGUCACAAUGCAGAUUUCACUGGAGACAACCUACUGGACGAUGAUUAGCCAUGUCUUCACCUGGGGUAGCCUGGGUUUCUACUUUUGCAUCUUAUUCUUCCUGUACAGCGAUGGCUUAUGCUUAUUGUUCCCCGACACCUUCCAGUUCCUAGGUGUGGCCAGGAACACUCUGAACCUGCCACAGAUGUGGCUGAGUGUUGUCCUCAGCAUAAUCCUCUGCAUGUUGCCUGUGAUUGGGUACCAGUUUCUCAAACCGCUGUUCUGGCCCGUCAGUGUGGACCAGAUUAUUGACAGAAUUCAUCACUGCAUGAGACAUCCACUGCCAUACCCAAUCCGGACCAAACUGAAACACACAGCCUCUCGACGCUCUGCCUACGCAUUUUCCCACAAACAGGGCUUUGGGGCCCUCAUCACUUCCGGCAAGACCGUGAAGGCCAAAUUGCCCAAGAGAAACAGCUCUCAUUAUAAAAGAUAGAGGUCUUUGGGGAAGCCCCAAAGGAGGCAGUCAUUGCUCUUCCUCUCUUGGAUUCACAAAACUUAAUAAGGAGAGACUAGAGCCCCUGGAAACCAGCAUAAACUUACGCUUCCACUCUCACUGCAGGGGCUCAGCCUCUUCAUUCCCUAGAAGGCUGUGCCCAAGUAAGGCAAGGCAAAGUAAAGAAAGGGCCCCAGACAUCUGUCAGAGUUACAGCAUUUCAAGAAAAAGUCAUGUCAGGCCUCCCCCUACCUUCCAAGUUCUAAUCUGGACAAGCACAUGUGGAGAUACUGAGUGAAGAGGGGCAAUUAGAGGAACGGAAAAGAAAAAUAAGAUCUAACAAUCUUUCCCAUACCCAGAGCAACCAUAAAAUUUGCCAGGGCCCCACACAAGCAUAUUCACCCAGGCACCUUUACUGGGUUUAUCUGAGGGAUUCAGAGUAAAUCUUUUGCUGGCCUGGAUGCCAAAAGGAGACAGCUAUGAACAGUUGGUCAUAAGAAGCCAAAGGAGAGUUUCUGGACCAAAAAAAGAAUGGAGAUUGUUCCUGCCUUGGUAGGAGAGCUCAAAAUUUUGCCACUCUCUCUUCUCUUUGACCCAAGAACUGACACCUUUUCAGGCAUCAGAACUGGGACCGGGGAAAUGUAGGGGAUUUAAAAAAUCUUUUCUUGAGGAACAUAAGCCAUAACUGGUGAACAUUUGUCUUCAUUCCAUAAAAUUAUUUUGAGAAGAAAUUGUAUGUACUUGAGAAACUGUUUCUAAUAAGUUUAUAGAUGAGUAAUAAACUGCUUAUUUUGGAGUGGAAAGAUUUGCAUGGUCUCUUGGGGCCCCAGUGAUAGUAACUCAAGCCAAGCAAUAGCAUCAGUCUGUAGACUCCUGACACCUGCCCCCUUUCAAAUGAGACCAGUGUUUCCCUUCCCCCACUCUUUUUCUACUUCUUUACUUCCAUUCCACUUUUCUUCCCCCUGUUACUAAACUCUGUCUUGGCCUCAGCAUCUUUUAACUGUAUAUAUAUAUCCUAUUUGCACACCUUAAAUAUUCGUUCCCAAAGCUCAACCCUAGGUUCUCUGCUCAUUUUUCUCUGUACACUUUUGCUGAGUGACUUCUUAUAAUGUCAUGGUUUUAUUUACCAAUAAAAAGAAGAUUCUCAACUCUCUUUCUAUCCUAGGUCUUUCUUCUGAGGUCCAGAUUCAUUUAUCAAACUGAAUCUCAGGAAGCUCACCAACCUGUAUUAAAUAUAUUCCUCCCAAAUUUCACCCUAGGAUGUCAUUACUGUCAUCCGAAUCACCCAAGGCAGAAUACUAUACUCUUCCUGUAUAGUCUGAUGUCUAAUAAGUCAUCAAGUAAUAUAAAUUCAGCAUCUCCAUUGCCUUGCUUUCAGUUCCCUCCUUUAUUACCACUGCCCUUGUUCAUAUUUGGAUCGUCUCUCACCUGGAUUACUGCAGAAAAUCUCCCCACUCAUCUUUCUGGCUUUCCCCUGUCUAAAGUAUCACCAGUACCAUUUCCAGAGUCAUCUUUCUGAACUGCAAACUUGAUUAUGUCAAGCCCCAGCUUAGCAUCCUGUAAGAGUCUUGCACGCCUCAGGAUCUAGGUAGAAUUUGCAUGUUUUAUUAUUGGGCCCUCUCCAGUGUUGUCUUCUACUUCUCCCCCAUCUGCAUUCACUCCAGUCAUGCUAUUUCUGGCCUUCUUGUCAUCAGCAUACUGUUGUCAUAUCCUAAUAUGCUUUCCCUACUCCCUUCUUCAUCUAGCAAACUUCUAGUCACCCUCCAGAAACUCAGAAUAGUUGGAACUAAAUAGAAGUAAUGGUUGAAAAACAUUGUGAAUGUACCAAGUGCCCCUGCAUUGUAUACUUAAAAAGUGUUAUGAGAAUGUUUUGUGUUAGAAUUUUACCUCAAUUUUUUAAAAAUAAAUAAAUAAACACUCAGAUUAGGCACUGUCUCCUGUAA